AUGGUCUUCUCAAGUUGCUUCGACAGCACUCCUAGUUCCGUGCACUUCACUUCAUCUCCAGCCAGCACAGAUGACGUCGCUCGCGCCAACGGCCGGCAAAUCGAUUCUGGGGUUUCUCGCCUGCUCAUGCUACCGAAAGAGCUCCGUCUCGAGAUAUGGGCCUACGUCCUUACAGAUUCUUCUAGAGAAAAGCCCGUGCUCCACAUCAGUCGAUCAUUUGCGGGCGUAAGCAUAUCAGGCAAACGCUACGGAAACUCGCUAUACAAACACUCCAAGCGUCCUGAGAUAGAAACGAGAUUCCACGAACAACCAAAAUUAUCCGUUGGUGCCAAUCUACUACGGACGAACCAUCUGGUUUAUGGCGAAGCACUUCCAAUCCUUUAUCAUUCUGUCAUCUUCAGUCCAAGGGAUCUUCAGGGCAUCUUCCCACUAUUCAUUGAGAAACUUUCAUCAUUUGCCAAGUCGCAUAUGCGCUUCAUCAGACUGCCUGUCAGCCGACAUCAUGGACGAUCUACUAUAUACUUCUACUGGGCGCUGACGUGUGCUCAGGUGGCCAAGCUGAGUGGCUCGCUGCACCUGGUAGAGCUAGAAGGAGAAGACACAAUAUUCACCGACACAGGCUUCAGGCGGUGCGCGAUUAUCAGCCCACUACUUAAAAUCAAGGCUCCGAUAAAGUUACUUGGACGUCGUGAUGCUGAGUUUCAGAAAGUGCUUGCGAAUGCCGCAGUGGAGAAAGAGGCGAGAGCAGGCGUGCGCGAGACUCGGACUAUCACGAUUGUUGCAGGCCCCGAGCAGAUGAGCGAAGACCGAUCUAGGAAGAGGCCAUACCUACAAGAGUUGCCUUUCAGAGAGCCACAAGAAGGCACCUCUUCGCGAACAGCCGAUGAGCAAGAAGCAGCUCAUGAUCUGGGCGCCUUGUUGGGCAUUGAGCAGUCAGAGAGUGAUGAUCUUCUGGAAUGGGAUAUGCUGAGCAUGACAAGUGCAAGAUCCAGUCUAUCGCUCUGCCAUGCAGGAUUACGGUAUGAAAACCAGUCGGGACCAGGGGGUUCAAAUGACGGUGAUGAUGACGGCGGUUGGGAGCUCAUCGAUAAUUGCUCUUAG